ACUAUAGAGCCGAACAAAAGCACAUGUCUGAAAUGGAUUCUUAAUUUAUCUGCUUUUGUUCAACCAUAAAAGUUAGGGUUUGAAGUACCCCAGUAGUCCAUCCCCUUAGUGAUCAACGAUCCAUUGCCCAUGCGCAUCUAGAGAGAGAGAGAGAGAGAGAGAGGGAGGGUAGUGCAUGUCUGAGUUAGCUACCUAGUUAACUUGGGGAGAAAAAGAGAGGGAGAGAGAGAGAGAGAGAGAGAGAGAGAGAGAGAGAGAGAGAGGGGUAGUGCAUGUCUGAGUUAGCUACCUAGUUAACUAGGGGAGAAAAAUGGUGAGGGCUCCAGCUCCUUCACCUUGUUGUGAGAAGAUGGGAAUGAAGAAGGGACCGUGGACGCAUGAAGAAGAUGAGAUAUUGAUUUCUUACAUCCAAAAAUAUGGACAUGCGAAUUGGAGAGCGCUUCCAAAACAAGCUGGUCUAUUGAGGUGUGGAAAGAGUUGCAGGCUUCGGUGGUUUAACUACUUGCGGCCGGACAUUAAACGGGGGAACUUUAGCAGGGAAGAAGAAGAAACUAUCCUCAACCUGCAUAAACUUCUUGGAAACAGAUGGUCUGCCAUUGCGUCGAGCUUGCCAGGCAGGACAGACAACGAAAUAAAGAACUUCUGGCACUCUCACUUGAAGAAGAGAUCAAGAACGUAUUUUAGACUUGAUGAUUAUGAUCAGCAGAAGCACUUCUCGUCAAAAAGUACUUUUCCAGUUCCGGGGUUAAUUCAUGAGCCUCCUUCCUCUUCCAACCCUGCCGUACCAAUCCCGAACAAUGAUGGUUCCAAGACCAGUAUUGAGGACAUAGAUUUUUGGUACAACCUCUUUAUGAAAGCAGGAGAGGCUCCAAAGAGUAGUACUGCAUGAUGGAGAUGUAGCAUAAUUAGAGAAGGGCAUACAGAAGAGUUUGAAUUCCUGUUUUCAAUUUUGAGAGGUUGCGUUAAUUGGUUAACAUUGUAACAUAUAUGAACGAGGAGAGAUUUUUCAGUGUAACCGGAACACAAGGUAGUACACCACGUAUCAUUAUACAAAUUGUGAGAUAUGUGUGUUAAAAAGUUAAUAACUUAAAAAAAAAAUUUAUCACCACUUAUAUAAAAACAUGUAGUGUACCACUCGUGUUCCGGUCACAAUAAAAAAUUUAUCAUGAAUUAGAACUUCAAUAUACAAUAAAGAAGAGAUCAAGAAAAUCUUUCUUUCAGGCGGAGAAGUCUUUACAUGUUAAGUGAAUCACGAGAACUUCAACAUGAACAACCUAGUAGAAUCCUGAAUCACAUAUCCCAAAGGUACCUCUUUAUGAAGGCAGGAGAGCCUUGAAAAUUUAGUACUGCAUGAUGGAGAUGUAUACCAAAGUUAGAGUAGCAGAAGACUACGGAAUUUUGGUUUCAGUUGAACGGUUCGAGUUUUUUUUUUUUUUUUGUUUUUGUUUUUGGAGAUCAACUUUUUGAAAUGUUCGAGUUAAAUGGUUAGUAUUGUAACAAAUAUGUGAAUGAGAAUUCAGUAUACAAUAAAGAUAACAGUGACCAUGAA